CUGUCCCUCGGGGGGCUGAGUGGACUGCUGGUGGUGAGUGGGACGAGCGGACGCAAAGGCACCAGGAGCAGCUGAGUCGCCCAGCUAAAGCACCGCCGCGCGCGCCGGGAGGCCCAAGGGGCCAUCGGGCGCGCAUCUCCGCGUUCAGCUAUGGGGUCAGCAGCGUUGGAAAUCCUGGGUCUGGUGCUGUGCCUGGUGGGUUGGGUGGGCCUGAUCCUGGCGUGCGGGCUGCCCAUGUGGCAGGUGACCGCCUUUCUGGACCACAACAUCGUGACAGCGCAGACCACCUGGAAGGGGCUGUGGAUGUCGUGCGUGGUACAGAGCACCGGGCACAUGCAAUGCAAGGUGUAUGAGUCAGUGCUGGCGCUGAGCGCCGAGGUGCAGGCGGCGCGGGCGCUCACCGUGGGCGCCGUGCUCUUGGCGCUGGUUGCGCUCUUUGUGACCCUGACCGGCGCGCAGUGCACAACCUGCGUGGCCCCGGGCCCGGCUAAGGCGCGCGUGGCCCUCACUGGCGGCGCGCUUUAUGCGCUCUGCGGGCUGCUGGCACUCGUGCCGCUCUGCUGGUUCGCCAACAUCGUCGUCCGCGAGUUCUACGACCCCGCGGUGCCAGUGUCUCAGAAGUACGAGCUAGGCGCAGCGCUGUACAUCGGCUGGGCGGCCUCCGCGCUGCUCAUGUGCGGCGGCGGCCUCGUGUGCUGCGGCGCCUGGGUCUGUGCGGGUCGCCCGGACCUCAGUUUCCCCGUCAAGUACUCGGCACCGCGGCGGCCCACGACUAGUGGCGACUACGAUAAGAAGAACUAUGUCUAAAGGGCGCGGGGCACAGCGGGGUCGCUCCCGGCAGCCAAGCCCGGGAGCCGGAGAAUCGGCCUGAGAAGCCGCUCGUGGAUGGCGGCCACCGCUGUGUCACGCAGCGCAGACUCCGAGGAACACUGGGCUAAGAGAACUGACCAGACCUGCCCGCGCCGGCAGCCCGGCUUCUCUGACCACCGCCAGCCAUACUUAGGAGGACUCGAUUGGUUUUCUUUUCUGUGCGCAGCACUGGCCAGGACGCGGGUGGGACUCUCGAAUUCUCUCACGCGUGGGCACCAGAUCGCACGUGCCAACUCUUACCCUGACCCUGGAUGAAUCCUGAAUGCUGCCUUACUUUCACGGUGGUUCCUGAUGACCUAGGAGGGACAGACGGAGAGCUUAGGGGCCCCAACUUGAGAUGCUGGAGAGAUGAGGAUAAACCGCCAUUUCCUUCUCAGCAGGGCCAGAGCCCAAACCAAGACUUGGUCUGGGCUUCCUUGUCUCACCCACCAGCUCCCAGGGGAGUCGUUUGGCCAUCAGAGCCGAACAUAGGGCUGGGGCGCUGCCCUCCUCGCAGGUUGGGGGUGGGGAGGUUAAGAAUUUGCUUAGUAAAGGGU